UGUGCAGUUUUGAGGUUAUGUUGUCCGUGUUUAUAUAGACAUAGUAGUGCUUUCUCGGUACGAUACUUUCUCGUCGGAUCGCCUAAAAUCUAUUCGUGAAACGGUAUUAAUCGAUGUGACUCGUUAACGAAUGUUCCAUGAAAAACAAGAAAUAUUAAGUCACGUAAGUACACAGCGAUUUAUCAAUGCUUUUCUGCUGUAAGCGCGGACGUGCUUAACCUGCAACGUGCACCUUGACAGAAUUUUCAUCAAAACGAUAUUAUUUAUGUAGUGAAAGCGAAUAAGCGUAGAACGUGACGUAAAUGUUGAUCUUUUGAACAUUGUUGUUCAUCCUGCUUCCUUUUGAGGCAUUCGAUGAUGUCUCCUAGAAGACGUCAACAAUAUACUUGGUGUAGAAAUUCAUUCUGUGUCUUUGAAAACAAAUUUACCAUUUAUUUAUCAAGGAAAACCAUAGAAUUUUUAAUUUACCAUCAGUUACAUAUUCCAAAAGAGCAGAUAUAGUCGUAAAAACAAAAUAUCGAAGCUAUACGUAUGUUUCGUUAUUACGGUUGAUACUUUAUCGUGACAAAAUCGUGAGUAAAUAUUUCUGUUUAAAUUACAGUCAUAAAUGAUAUACGUAAUUAAUUUAUACAUGUUUAUAACUACCUCGUAUCGCGAUUUUUCAUGAAUUUCAAUCCACCUCGGAUAUGAUCGCGAUCAAAUAUAUCCAUACUCGAUCGUUAAAAAGGGAGCUGAUGUAUCGAUGCAUGCCUAAUUUCGUCGAUCACGCAAAAAUUAGUUACCGACACAGACGUUUCCAAAAUACGAGCACGAUGCUCGUGCGAGCACACCUGGGAACAAAAAGCAUGUUUUUUACGUGUACGACAAUUAGCGAUAUAAAAGAAACAAGUUGUUAGAAGAAAAGGUGAAUUCUCUACUCAUAACGUAAUCCAACUCGAUUGUUCUUUAGUUCAAUGUACGAUGAAGAGGAAACAAAGGGUGAAUCGAAAGUGAAGAAGAUAGAAUGGUGCGUGGUUGAGUUCAAACUAGUUACCGAUCACGUUUAAAGUUGUUCCAGCAGACGAUAACAUUACCGAUCGCGGUGGUUUUCCUUCAAGUUCAAACGAAUUACUACGAACCCACUAGAAUCCUUUACAGUUGAUUCUAUUUUUUUUACAAGUAAUUUCGCGAGAAUGAGAAAUGCUAAUAUAAAGUCAAAGGCGUGUAAAAAGAACUUACCAAAAAUUCGGCACAGAAAAACAGAAAAGAAAUUUUACGGGAGUAAAAUGGUGGAAUUAGGCAGUGAUAAAUCGCUCGGAUCGACCAUCACCGAUGCUUCCAUGGAAUCGGAGAUGGAAUCCGAGGAAGAAACUGAGAGCGACGAUGAACAUGCACGUCGACUUAUACCAAUGCCAAUCAUUCGUCAAUCCGUUAACAACGAUACAAAGAAAUCCCUCGAUCGAAAGAAUCAAGCCAAACAGAUAGAAGACGAGAACGUUUGGUCUAUAUCGAUACAAAUGUUCGUGCCUUUUCUGUUAGCCGGUUUUGGUAUGGUUGCCGCCAGUUUGUUAUUGGAUGUCGUACAGCACUGGAUUGUGUACGAAAAGGUAUCAGAAGUAUACAUAUUAGUACCAGCUUUGCUCGGUCUGAAAGGUAACUUAGAAAUGACAUUGGCCUCUCGACUUUCAACUCAUGCCAAUCUUGGACAUAUGGAUACGAGGAAGCAGAAAUGGACUUUAAUUGUCGGGAAUCUAGCUUUGAUUCAAUGUCAAGCUACUGUAGUAGGCCUACUGGCUUCCAUUGCUGCUGUGAUACUUGGUUGGAUUCCAGAAGCACGGUUUGAUAUUCACCAUGCGCUUUUGUUAUGCUCCAGUGCCUUAGUGACAGCAUUCGUAGCCAGUUUUUUAUUAGGUUUAGUGAUGGUGACUGUUAUACUAUUAUCUAAGCGGAUGAAGAUUAAUCCAGAUAACGUAGCCACACCGAUUGCAGCUUCCCUAGGAGAUUUAACAACUUUGGCCCUUCUUUCAGGGAUUGCGUCUCUUCUCUAUGGAGCUAUAGAUUAUGCCCCAUGGAUAGCUCCAACAUGCAUAGCGUUUCAUAUUAUCGCUACGCCCGUUUGGGGUUACGUGGCAGCCAAAAAUCCCUUUACAAAGGAAAUAUUGGAUUACGGCUGGGCACCUGUAAUAUGUGCAAUGUUGAUUAGCAGUGUUGGUGGUUUGAUACUAGACUAUACGAUAUCGAAUUACAAAGGCAUUGCUGUAUUUCAAUUAGUGAUAAAUGGUGUUGGUGGUAACUUGGUCGCCGUUCAAGCCAGUAGAAUAUCAACAUCGUUGCAUAAAGAUCGACGGUCUGGUGUUCAAGAAAUACCAGUUGUUCGUUUCAGUCCGUUCUACGCAUUUUGUGCCACAGGUGGACAUGCGAGGACUGCCAGAGUUCUGUUAGCAAUGGUGAUACCUGGUCAUCUAAUAUUCGGUUAUACGAUCAGUUAUCUUCAAGCGGGGCACACUUCUUUUACUCCCAUAUUUAUUAUCGUUUAUUUGACUGCCGCUUUACUGCAGGUGAUUUUGUUGUUGUACAUCGCUCAAUUGAUGGUCGUUUGGAUGUGGACGAAAGGAAUGGAUCCAGACAGUUCUGCGAUACCAUACCUGACUGCAGUAGGCGACCUCAUAGGAACAGCGCUACUAGGAAUCGCGUUCCACAUACUUUACGCCAUCGGGGAUAAAGAUUCGGAUGUGGGAGACUGAUCGCUCCUGGAUCGUUAUUUUCGUACACACGAAACUACCACCUGCACAGGAAAGAAGAAACGCAACGAUGUUUACACGACGUUUUUCUAUUUACCAUUCAUAAAAAUUCGGAACAUUUUCUAAUUUUUAACAUUUUUUUCUACUUGCCGAAAGUAAGACUGUAUUUGUAUAGGUGUUUUCAAAAUUUUUUAACACUCUUUCCACGCAUGUGGCGACUAAGAUUGGUGGAUCCUUUACCUUCACUGUAUCACAUUUUCCUCGAUCUUCAACGCCAUGUGAUUCUCUGCUACAUGCAUCUCUAUAAUAUGCAGUAGAGGGUUAAGGAAAUCCUCGAAAGAACGAUAGCUAGAACGAAAACGAAAAUUCCAACGUCGUCUCAAUUUCAACAUUGCCAAUCGAUUACCGCGUAGAGGCUAUAUUUACGAGAAUUAUGCAUAUAGUCGUGUCGGGACUUGGCCUAUGCAUGCGAGUACACACACACGUGCGUGCGUAAUGUAAAAAUAUAUGUAUAACGCGCGUGCACGUGUUUCACUAGCGAAUACGUUUCAUGUACGCGCAAAGUCGAAUAGAACUUCGGAUGCUCGUUUCUAUCGAAUCGCAAUAAUAUAAACGAGUGCAGCGUACCUCAAGCUCAACGAAAACAAAUAUUUUUUGUUACCAAACACUGUACUUAUCGGUCGAAAUAAAUUCGACUAGCAA